GGGGAAGGGAACGGGCCGACUUUGGGGACGUGGAAAGGUUGCAGGCGGGUCUUGCUUGCUUAAACUCGCACUUUUGCAUUCCCAUACCCAACGAUGACAUCCUCAUCGCAGUCUGUGAGACUCGCGUUUCUCUUAUUAAGUUUUAUUUUCUGCGCUCUCGCGCAGUAUGAGAACUACAACUUUCGUAGUUUCCCACGGCAAGAACUCAUGCCGCUCGAAUCCGCGUACCGUCACGCUUUGGACCAGUACGGUGAGGAAAAGUGGCCGGAGACCGUGGAGUUCUUAGAGGUGAGUCUCCGCCUGUACCGACUUCUCCGGGACAGCGAGGCCUUCUGCAAUCUGAACUGCAGCACGGUGCGUCUGGACGACGAGGCUCGCUUUACUGACUUCCCCGAGCUGCACGCGUUCGGUAACGUGAUGAAGCGCGCGCAGUGUCUGAAGCGAUGUAAGCAGGGUUUACCAGCCUUCAGGCAAACGCUUCCCAGCCGAGAAACUAUAGAGGAGUUUGAGAAACGCGAACCUUACAAGUUCCUACAGUUUGCGUACUUUAAAAGUAAUAAUCUGGCCAAGGCCGUGUCUGCCGCGCACACUUUCCUCCUGAAACAUCCUGAUGAUGAGAUGAUGCAGAGAAACAUGAACUAUUACAAGAGCUUGCCUGGUUCUGAGGAUCAUAUGAAAGACCUGGAGACCAAGUCAUAUGAAACGCUGUUCAUCCGGGCCGUGCGGGCGUACAAUGGUAAUAACUUCAGAACGUCAGUCUCAGAUAUGGAGCUGGCACUAAGAGACUUUUACAAGGUAUUCGAUGAGUGCAUCGCUGCUUCAGAGGGAUCCAGACAAAUCAAAGACUUCAAGGACUUCUACCCCUCUAUUGCAGAUCAUUACGCCGAGGUUCUGGAGAGAAAGGUUGCCUGCGAGACUGAGCUAACACCAGUUGUUGGUGGAUUUGUUGUUGAGAAAUUUGUAGCAACAAUGUACCACUACCUCCAGUUUGCCUAUUAUAAAUUGAAUGAUCUGAAGAAUGCUGUGCCAUGUGUGUCCAGCUACAUGCUCUUCGAUCCCAAUGAUGAGGUGAUGAAGAAUAAUGUGGAAUAUUAUCGUUUCCAUAAAGAAAAAUUUGGCCUUGCUGAUGAUGACUUCUUUCCUAGAACGGAGGCAGUGCGGUACCACAAUCAGACAACAUUACAGCUAAAACUGCUGGAGUUUGCCAAACACAAACUUAAUCAGGAUGAUGAGGGUGAAGUCUUAGAGUUUCUUGAUGAAUUUCUCGAUGCUGAGCAAAAAUCUAAAUGAUGUGAAUUUGCACUGAAUUUAAAAUAGAUGAGUUAAAAUGGUCAUAAAGGUAUUCUCUAUUGUUUACCAUUUUAGCUUUUGUAUUUAUUUGGGGAUUGGUAUAUGUUUACAGUUAUAUUUCUUAGUAAAGAUCAGUCUGAAUCAAUUUUGAAAGAAAUGCCUUUUAUGUUUUAUUUGAUGUUGGAUUGUUUUAAUAAAGGUUUUUGAUUGUU